AUGAUGCCCUGGUCUGAUGAUCUAACUUUGGUGCCAACCGUCUCCGAAGCAGUUAGCAGCUGUGGUCUGACAAAAUAUUCUGUGGAGAUCGAGGAAUGGUGUGAGCCAUUUGAGCACAAAUCUGGCUCUUCCAAGGUGGUAGCGACUGAAAUACAGUUACAACAAACAACAAAUCACAGCCUUUCACGAUACGACGUCGUCUUUGAUCCAAUAGACCGGAUACUGCAUCUUUUUAACUCUUCAGACGAUGACUGUAAUCAAUGGCAAUUUCGGUUGCCGCUACCUCGAUUCAGUGAAAAACUGGACGGCAGCGCAUCUAUUCUUGACGCGGACACAGGCUCCGUAGGCAUGAGUCUUCUUGGCGUAGCACCAAUGCCAGGUGUUGUGGAACGUCUUAUGGUCCAGCCAGGUGACGAAGUGAUUGCAGGACAAGCCUUAGUUACUCUGAUUGCAAUGAAGAUGGAAUACAUCGUGCGUGCUAGCACUCCUAGUCGUGUUGUCCGCCUUGAUGUAGUUGAGGGAGAGACCGUAGCUAAAGGACAUAUAUUGGUACAUCUGGAGCCUAUAGAACCCACUAAGCAGUCAGUCAGCUAA